CACUGGAGCUGUGAAGUCUGAAAGCAGAUAGACAGACAUCAUCUAAGCUUUUAACAAUCCACAAUAAAAUAAAAGACAAGAUGCCUCGAUCUGAACAAACCAGAAAAAACCUCUCUGAUUACAGAAAGAGUCUCCAGGAUCUCAGAAAGUCCUAUGAAGCAAGUGAAGAGCCAGAGAAACAACACUUAUGGGAGAUUAUCAAGGAUGAAUUGCAUGACAUUCUGAAGAAAUACACCUUAGACUUCUCAAAGGAACAGAUGAAGAUUUUCAAUGACCCCAUUCACGGACACAUGGAGCUGCACCCCCUGCUAGUGAAGAUCAUCGAUACUCCUCAGUUUCAGAGACUCAGACACAUCAAACAGCUGGGAGGAACAUACCUGGUGUAUCCUGGCGCUUCUCACAAUCGAUUUGAACACUCACUUGGUGUGGCAUAUUUAGCAGGACGUCUGGUGAAAGUUCUUCACAACAAUCAACCAGAGCUCAAAAUUACCAAACAGGAUUUCCUGUGUGUUCAGAUUGCCGGUCUGUGUCACGACUUGGGCCAUGGACCAUUUUCUCAUGUUUUUGAUGGUCUGGUUAUUCCUGAAGUCAAAAGAAUAAAAAAAUUAAAAGGCCUGAUUGAUGACAUCCCUGAAAAGUGGAAGCACGAGCAGAUGUCAGUUCAGAUGUUCGAUGACAUUGUGAUGAGUUUACAGGCUGAGAAUGAAGACAUGUGGAAAGAGCAUGGACUGGAUGACAAAGAUGUCACCUUCAUUAAAGAGUUGAUUGAAGGGGCAGAAACCUCAGAGUGGUCAUACAAGGGCAGAGAUAAAGACAAAUCCUUCCUGUAUGAGAUUGUGGCAAAUAAACAGAACGGCAUCGAUGUGGACAAAUGGGACUAUUUCGCACGAGACUGUCAUCAUCUGGGUAGAAACAGCUUUGACCAUCUGCGUCUCCUGAAGUUUGCUCGAGUCUGUGAAGUGAAUGGGAGAAAUCACAUCUGCUUCAGAGAUAAGGAGGCUGAUAAUGUUUAUGAUAUGUUUCGCACCCGAUACACUCUUCAUCGUCAGGCCUAUCAGCACAAGAUCGCCAACAUCAUUGAAGAGAUGCUUGCAGAAGCUCUCAUACAAGCUGAUCGAGAUCUUCAUGAAGAUAAACCUAAAGAUAUGCUGAAGAUUUCUGAAGCAAUAAAGACAGCAGAGGACUACAGCACACUCACAGAUGAGCUCUUUGAGCAUAUUUUGUCCACCACUGCUGACAAUCUGAAGAAGUCCAGAAAUAUCUUAAACAGGAUCCUCAGAAGAAAACUGCCAAAAUUUGUUGGAGAAGCUCGUCUGACCAUUAGCAUGUCAAAGGAGGAGCUGACAAAAACAUGGAAGGCAACAGUAGAGAACUACAAAUCUACAGACCCCACUGUUUCUCUGAACACUGAAAAUUUACCAGUUUAUGUGGUUGAUCUGGAUCAUGGAAUGAAGGACAAAAACCCCAUUGAAAAGGUCUAUUUCUACAGCAAGAGAAAACCCAAUAAAGCUGCUCCCAUUAAAGAUUAUCAGUUGUCCAGUUUCCUGCCAAGGAGGUUUAAUGAAGAGCUGGUCAGAGUUUACUACAAACAAUCUGAUGAGGAUAAGAAGGAGAAGAAAAAGGUGGAGGAGGCUGAGAAGUGCUUUCAGAUGUGGUGUGCCUCCAAUUUUGGAUUCAAAUAGGCAGCUGAAAAAUCCAGUAGUUUAUUAGAAUGCUUUUGCUCUUUGUUUUUCUGGUUAUUAUAAUUCAGUUAUAGCAGUCAAAGACUGCAAAAUAUUAUAAUUUCAAGUCUCAAGAGCCCAACUAAAGUAAACACUGAUCACUGUAAUGGUAACUAAAAAAAAUGUGAUUUUCUUCCUUGGUGAUUCUUCUUGUUAUCAUCAGGUGUCUUCAUUAAUGGACAAUCAAAACUUACCUCAUUAACUUUAACACCGCUUCAGCAAACUGUCCCUAUCCCCAAAGAUGGAAAAUAGUGACAAAGAUUAUUGAGCAUCAGUGAUGAACACCUGAUGUUGUAGAGAUUUACAGAAGAUCAGAUGGUGAUGUUUUAUUUGUUGAAAUGAAUUAGUUGUGCUCUUGACCUAUGACUUUUUGUGUUAGAUCUCUUUCUGUAACACUGCAUGUUCUGUUGAUUUAUGGUGGCAUUUGUUUAAUAGUAAUUUUUGUAGUUCAGUAACAGCUGAAUGCCAGUGUAAUUUUAGCCAGAUAAAGUGAUAAAGUGUACUUGUUUUUUAAAAAUAAAUACUUGAUGAUGGUU